AUGUCAGGGAUCGUGAAUGGGGUUUUAGCCAGCGUAGGUCAAAGCUUCUUAGAGGGUAAAGCUAAUGAGUUUGCCGAAGAACAUUUCCAGCCAACUAAGGAUCCAUUUUAUGAGACCUUACCGAACGGUAAGCGGGUACGUCGUAGAUUGCCCGAUUAUUGUACGAAACAAGAGAGUAAAGUGUGGAAGAAUCUGCAAAACAAGGCUUGGUCCCAUGACAAAAGCCUGUGCGGAUGUUGUUGUUGGACCGAAUGUAUUGGGUGGGCCCCAGUGUUGGCGAUCAUCCCUGUCAUUGGGCCUGCAUUGAUGUACUGGGUUCAUGGUAAAUUGGUCACAUAUGCGGACAAGCAUUAUAACUUACCGGCGGAACUACUGGUGAAAUUGCAUGGGAAUAUCGGACUUGACCUAGCGAUCAGUUUGGUCCCAAUCCUUGGUAUCUUGUUUGCUUGGCUACAUGCUAGUUCGACCAGGAACUGCGCUAUGAUCUACAAUUACGUCUCACAGAGAGCAUUCGAGAAGGCCGAAAUGGAAAAGAAAGUACAAAUGCAAGCACAACGAAACGCACAGGUCCAACAAUCUUACCAACAACAGGCUCAGGCCCAGGCUCAUGCUCAGGCACAAGCUCAUAAUCAUCGUCAGCAGUACCAAAAUCAACAGAUGAGACCACCACCCCCAGUCUAUCCUCGGCAACAACAGCAGUCACGUGCACAGAGACCCUAUAUAUGA